AUGACACCUCCCAAGAGGAAGGAAAAGAAGGAAGAGCAGGUCAUCAGUCUUGGACAUCAGAUGGCUGAAGGAAAGAAGGUAUUUGGUGUCUGCCACAUUUUUGCAUCCUUCAAUGACACUUUUGUCCAUGCCACUGAUCUCUUUGACAAGAAAACCAUCUGCCAUGUGACUGGUGGGAUAAAAGUAAAAGCUGACCGAGAUGAAUCCUCACCAUAUGCCACCAUGUUGGCUGCCCAGAAUGUGGUCCAGAAGUGCAAGGAGCUGGGCAUCACUGCCUUACAUGUCAAACUCUAUGCCACAGGUAGAAAUAGGACCAAGACCCCUGGGCCUGGGGCCCAGUCUGCCCUCAGAGCCCUUGCCUGUUCAGGAAUGAAGAUCAGGCAGAUUGAGGAUGUCACCCCCAACACCUCCACAGCACGCAAAGAAAGGGGGGCUGCUGCGGUCACAGCUGUGAACAGGUGUCUUCCCUCAAAUUAUUGUUAA